GAGCGCCGCCGCGCACCUUAACUUGAGUUAAGCUCAGGCCAAAUUGACUGAGGUAGUAGCUUCAGCCUACCACAACAGGAAUCAUACAAUCCGUUCAAUGGCACCAUAAGAUUGCGCUAGACUGUCAACAAUCAUCAUCAAUCUUCGCUCACUUGGCGCUGGGCUCACAGGCGCACAGCAAGGCGCAAUCGGCCUCGUAUCCAGCAGCUGUGCGCAGCCAAGACAGGGGCCCCCGUCUCGUCCCGCCAGAAAACACCACCUUGAGCUUACGCAUCUCACGCCCGCGCCGAACCCUCAGAUACCUAUCACCUACGACAGAUAGCCACACGAACACAAUCUGCCCAUCCUGCACUUACGUACUGGCCCUCUCAGAGCGCAGGGACAUACCGCGGAUCCCGACUCGCACGGGACCGCCAAGCCCGCCGACGAUGCAGCGUAACUCCUCUGAUAUCGCCUGACGCCCCCAUUGCGACACCACGGACACACACACGACACGAGGGAUGAGCAGCGACGUACGCUAUGGCGUAGCCGACUCGGUAGGCUCGCUGCUCGCCGCGAUUGCCCAUUCCAUAUCGGAAGCGCUCCGCAUCAUGAGCUUCUCCGAUAAACAGCUGUGGGGCAUGGACGAGCAUGAACACCAGCGGGCCCUCGAAGAGGUCCUCGACGAAGCCAGAAAAGACUUUCAGGAGAUGGGGCCGCUCGUCAAUGGCGACAUUUACUACGAAAACGACAGGACCCAUGAUUCACUACAGGAGCUGUGUUUACUACGCGAUCGAUUCCAAGCCCAUGCUUUAAGUCUACGAGAAUGGAGCCGGUCGGGAGGACCAAUCGACCCUGUCUGGACACGAGACACCCAUCGAUUACAACGUGACCUGCACCGAGCGCAAUGCCGUGCCGCGAGUCGAAUAUUCACAUCGGGGCAAGAAGGGUCGGCACGGUGUCUAGGCGCAUUUCUCGUCUACCGCAAGCAGAGAGUGUGGUCGAAUAGACAGGCUGCAGGCGUCGAGGAGGGGGAGUACCAGAAGCGCUACCUUGAAGAGCUACGGACAUGCAACAGGAUAGGCACUUUCCAGAGGUUCGGAGAGGCGGACAUUGCGUUUGUGUGCGAUUACUGCGACGGCCACUUGCUGUGGGACGACCUCGAUAAGAUGCCCUCGGUGCGCACCGCGCAGGAGACUGUCCUGUGGCCGACGACGCCGAUAUCACCCUCCACCGGAGACCCGCAGUGGCAGGCCACGGGGUUCUCCCAUUCGAAGCAUGAGGAGAAGCAAGUCGUCUUUGCGCCGGUCGCUAUUGCGAACCACACGAGCCCGCACCCAGGGGAUUGGCGCGCCCGGCUUUUGUGCCCCUUUUGCGAGGACGAGGCAGCCGUGCCCCGAGACAAAGAUGAUGAAGAGGACAGGUGGCGUCCCGAGGCGACCUUUGAUGACAUUGCUGCUUUUGAGGAGCAUCUCCUGUGGCAGCACACCACGCAAAAGUCGUCGAUAGCUUCGACGGGCAACUGUGCAGUCAUGUAGCCGAUGAGCAUGAUUUUGAUUGAUUGUACGGCGUUCGGAGUACAGGCCAGGGGGGCAAAUCUCACAACAGCGAUGGAGAUCCGUCAUUCUCC